AUGUGCACGGAUCGUCUCGACCAAAGUGCACAAGCACAAAUGGACACUGGCACGCAGGACAAUUGCCAUGAGGACUAUUUAAUGAACAGCACAGACCCCGAUCCAAAUGCAGAAGCUUAUAUGAACUUUAUGAAGAAACACUGUUGUUAUGAUGCAAUUCCCACCAGCUGCAAACUGGUCAUUUUUGACACCACACUGCAGGUGAAGAAGGCCUUUUUUGCUUUGGUUGCGAAUGGCCUGAGAGCAGCCCCUCUCUGGGACAACAAACUGCAGAGAUUUGUGGGUAUGCUGACAAUCACAGAUUUCAUCAAUAUUCUUCAUCGGUAUUACAGGUCACCUAUGGUUCAGAUCUAUGAAUUGGAGGAGCACAAGAUUGAGACAUGGAGAGGUGAUUCAUUUCAAAGCGUCUAUCUGCAAUAUCACGAUCAGUGUCUCAUCAGUAUCACACCCGAUGCGAGCCUCUUUGAUGCAGUCUACUCUUUACUGAAACACAAAAUCCACAGGCUGCCGGUCAUCGAUCCAGAGUCUGGAAAUGUCCUUCACAUAUUGACCCAUAAGAGAAUCCUCAAGUUCCUUCAUAUAUUUGGAGCUGCAGUGCCCAAGCCACGCUUCUUGAAGAUGCAAAUUCAAGAUGCAGGAAUAGGAACUUUCACAGAUGUGGCGACUGUCUCACAGACAGCCACUGUGUACGAUGCACUUUCUGUGUUUGUUGAGCGACGUGUGUCCGCUCUCCCGGUGGUGGAUGACGAUGGCAAGGUGGUUGCCCUAUAUUCCAGAUUUGACGUGAUUAAUCUUGCAGCGCAGAAAACCUACAAUAACCUGAGCAUGAGCAUGCAGGAGGCCAUGCGGAGGAGACACUGUUAUGUGGAAGGAGUCAUUAAAUGUUACCCUGAUGAGACUUUGGAGACUGUUAUUGCCAGAAUAGUCAAGGCAGAGGUCCAUAGGCUGGUGCUUGUGGACAGAGAUGACGUGGUACGGGGAAUAAUCUCUCUCUCAGACCUGCUGCAGGCCAUUGUUUUAUCUCCAGCAGGUAUCGAUGCUCUGUUUUCCUAACCUGUUCCCUCAUCUAACCUGCACUAGUAUCCAGGUAGGCUUUACUCUGCCUUCCUAGCCCAGCUAUGCCAACACUUGCAUUGCUACUGCGCAUAGUACUAGUCAAACGUUUGGACACACCUACUUAUUGUCUAUUAGGACUAUUUUACACGAUUCAGAACAAACAUAAAAUCAUCAAAACUAUAAAAUAACAUGGAAGUAUGGGGGGAAAAAAACAACAACUAUCUUUUAUUUGAAGUGCGUAAUGGGAAGUUUUACACACUAUUUUAUUAAUAAUAAUAAUACCUUUUAUUUAUAGGCGCAUUUCAAGACACUAAAGGACACCGUACAAUAUAAAACAAAACAAUAAAAAUACAAAACGCGAACGUUAUAACAACACAUUAAACAAGCAGAUCAUUAAAAGCUAUUCUAAACAAAUAUGUUUUUAUCUGAGCUUUAAAAUGGGAAAUUGAAUCCAGCUGGCGAAUGUGCAAAGGUAAAGA